AUGCAUGGUUAUGAGCUGAGGAAUGAGUCGGAGCUUGGCCAGCCAGAGGACGACAUCCACAUCUGGGGCGUCCUCGGGGCGGUGCGGGUGUCAGCGGACAACGACAGAGGGAGGUGCCCCCGCCGGGUAUCCAGUAGCAACUGCCAGGCGAGGGGGCGCGGGCGGCGUUCCGCGGGAAGAGUGGGCGUUCCUCUCCACCCGUCCGCACCGCCUCUUGUUUUGAAGGCUCGCGUGGUCCCGCGUCAUUGGCCGCCGUGGAGCCCAGGCUUCGGGGAGGCGGAGCGGUUCCGCAGCUGUAGCUCUCCAGUUACCCCCUCCGCCGGCCCCGCCUUCCGACUGCCGGCGCCCACCGGGCCGCACUGGACCACAAUUCCCACAAGGCCUCGCGCCCAGAGUGGGCGUGGCCGGGCGCAGGGGAAGCCGGGGUCUCUCGGCCGCCGGGAACCGUCCCCUUGGGUCGUCGCCCCGGCNAGAGUCCCUCGCCUCUCCUCUUCCUCAGGACCGUUGUAUCUUUACCCAGCUUGUACUCCGUCUGCUGAGUGGCAUCGCCAGGUCACCGGAGUCUUGGAUGACUGCUUGUGUGACAUUGAUAGCAUCGAUAACUUCAACACCUUCAAAAUCUUCCCCAAAAUAAAAAAGCUGCAAGAACGAGACUAUUUUCGUUAUUACAAGGUUAACCUGAAGCGACCAUGUCCUUUCUGGGCAGAAGAUGGCCAUUGUUCAAUAAAAGACUGUCAUGUGGAGCCUUGCCCUGAGAGUAAAAUUCCAGUUGGAAUUAAAGCUGGGAAUUCUAAUAAGGUUUUUGCUAUUACAAACAAUGACGCACUGGCAUCUUUGUCUUUCGUCGAAUUGUGCACAUAUUACUCAAAAGUGGCAAAUAAUACCAAAGAAUUAGAAGACUGUGAGCAAGCUAGUAAACUGGGAGCAAUUAACAGCACAUUAAGUAAUCAAAGCAAAGAAGCUUUCAUUGACUGGGCAAGAUAUGAUGAUUCACAGGAUCACUUUUGUGAACUUGAUGAUGAGCGGUCUCCAGCUGCUCAGUACGUAGACCUGCUGCUGAAUCCCGAGCGCUACACCGGCUAUAAAGGGUCUUCUGCGUGGAGAGUGUGGAACAGCAUCUAUGAAGAGAACUGUUUCAAGCCUCGAUCUGUUUAUCGUCCUUUAAAUCCUCUGGCACCCAGCCGAGGAGAAGAUGAUGGAGAAUCAUUCUACACAUGGCUAGAAGGUUUGUGUCUGGAGAAAAGAGUCUUCUAUAAGCUUAUAUCGGGACUUCAUGCUAGUAUUAAUUUACAUCUGUGUGCAAAUUAUCUUUUGGAAGAAACCUGGGGUAAACCUAGCUGGGGACCUAACAUGAAAGAAUUUAAACGCCGAUUCGACCCUGUGGAGACCAAGGGAGAAGGCCCAAGAAGGCUAAAGAAUCUGUACUUCCUAUAUUUAAUUGAGCUUCGAGCUUUAUCAAAAGUGGCCCCAUACUUUGAGCGCUCAAUUGUCGACCUUUACACUGGAAAUGUGCAAGAAGAUGCUGACACAAAAACCCUUCUACUGAAUAUCUUUCAAGAUACAAAGUCCUUUCCCAUGCACUUUGACGAGAAAUCCAUGUUUGCAGGUGACAAAAAGGGGGCCAAGUCGUUAAAGGAGGAAUUCCGGUUACAUUUCAAGAAUAUCUCCCGUAUAAUGGACUGUGUGGGAUGUGACAAAUGCAGAUUAUGGGGGAAGUUACAGGUUUGUGUGUUGUUUUCUGUUCUGAAACUAUUGCUAACCUUAAAUUUCUGCACUGAGAAGUUGAAAGUUUUUGUUAAAAUGUCCUCAUUGUUCAUUGAAUUAGAGACCCAAAGUGUGGUUUUGCUAUUUUAUUUAUGAAAAAAAUUAGUGUGU